AUGGAUGUGGAGGAUCAGCCUUUUACAGAGGAGUGUCUCCCGACAGACCUGCCCUGGAGCAUCCCGGCGUCUGAGAUGAGCUACCGGCGAGACUUCCGGCGAGAGUGUGUGUUCACCAUCGACCCGGCCACUGCCCGAGACCUGGACGACGCUGUCUCCAUCGAGGAUCUCGGCAACGGUAUGUUUGAGGUGGGCGUGCACAUCGCAGACGUGAGCUUCUUCGUGAAGGAGGACACCGCCCUGGAUGAGUCGGCCGGCAGUCGGGCCACCAGCGUCUACCUGGUGCAGAAGGUCAGAGGCGGUCAAGUGUCCUUGUCGUCCUACCUGAUCUUUGAUGAGUGGUACGGCCGGUCGGUCAUUCGGUCCUGUGUCAAGCUAAGCUAUGAUCACGCUCAGGGGUUCAUCGACCAGCCGGAGAAAGAGUGGAGCCGCGACGAGCUUCCUGCCAUCACCAACACCUUUGGCGUGGAAGAUGUCAAGAAACGGGUGCUGCAGCUUAAUAAGAUCGCGGUCAGCCUGAGGAAGCAGAGGUUUGACAACGGGGCGCUGCGUCUGGACCAGGUCAAGCUACAGUAUGUGCUGGACGGAGAGUCGGGCCUGCCCAAGGGAUACUUCGUCUACGAGCAGCGAGACAGCAACAGACUGAUCGAGGAGUUCAUGUUGCUAGCCAACAUGGCGGUGGCCCACAAGAUCAAGAGUUCGUUCCCCGAGCUGGCCAUCCUCCGCCGCCACCCCCCGCCCCAGACCAAGCCGCUGGCAGCUUUGCACGCCAAGUACUUCUGUGCUGGCUGCAUCGCGGACGAGUCUCUGUACCACCACUACGCCCUCAACGUGCCGCUGUACACACACUUCACCUCUCCCAUCAGACGCUACCCUGACAUCAUGGUGCACCGGCUGCUGGCCGCCGCUCUCGGUUACUGCCCUCCCCCGGCCAGAAUCAAGGAACUGUUCCAGAAACAGGCGGAGCUUUGCAACGACAAGAAGCAGAACGCCAAGAUGUGCUCCGACCGCAGUAGUGAGAUGUACUUCUCCAUCUUUGUCAAGGAGGCUGGCCCCCUGGAGGAGAUGGGGAUGGUGAUGGGCGUUCUGGACAAGUCUUUCGACGUUCUCAUCCUGAGGCUGGGGGUCACCAAGCGAGUCUACUUAGAUAAACUGCCAUUGAUGAAGUCCAAGUUCCGUAAGAACAAGAAAUGUCCUGAGCUGCUGAUUGAGUGGGCGGCCGAUGAGUCAUGUGACCACCGGACCAGGCAUCUCAUUACCGUGUUCACCGUGGUCGACUGUUAUAUCUAUGCUGAGAACACUCCGCUCAUGUGGUCGUGUGUGAUCCGAAGACCCAAGGCAGAGAUCAAGAGAGUGUCGCGGGAAUGAUGGAUUUGUCUGGUGUAGUAGAGGGAUAGAGAGGGAGGGAGAGGGAGGGAGGCAGAGAUCAAGAGAGUAUAGCACGACUGAUGGAUUUGUCUGGUGUAGUAGAGGGAUAGAGAGGGAGGGAGAGGGAGAGAGGCAGAGAUCAAGAGAGUGUCGCGCGACUGAUGGAUUUGUCUGGUGUAGUGUGGUGGUCAAGAGGGAGAGGGAGGGAGGGAGAGAGAGAGAGUUUGUCGCGGGACUGAUGGCUUUGUUUGGUGUAGUAGAGGGAUAGAGAGGGAGGGAGAGGGAAAGAGAGAGUGAGAGAGAGAGAGAGAGAAAGAGAGUGUCACGCGACUGAUGGCUUUGUCUGGUGUAGUGUAGUGGUCUAGAGGGAGAGGGAGAGAGAGAGGGAGAGAGAGAGAGAGAGAGAGAAAACUGUGGAAAGGGAAGAUAUCACUUGGCAGUUCCUUUUUCAUACCCUGAAGUCACUCGGUCGUCUCUGAAGUCACUCGGUCGUCUCUGAAGUCACUCGGUCGUCUCUGAAGUCACUCGGUCGUCUCUGUGUCUAUUGCUAGUCAUUAGAAGGAAUGUUGGAGAGGGGUAGAAGGAGAUAGCGAGAAGGAAGAAAAAGAUAUAUAAAGGAGUGGGAGAGAGAGUGAAAAGGGGACAGAGGUAUGUUUAGUUGGGGAAGUGAGAGGAAAGGAGAGAGGGUUUUAAAGAGAGUGAGAGAGGACGAGAGAGAGAGAAUGAGAGAGAGGAAAGGAAA